ACACAUGAGCUUUUGGCUAAAAAAAGCCUCAAAAGCGCCUUCCUCUCUCUCUCUCUCUUUUUCUCUCUUCUGCUGCAACUAAUAAGUUUUACUCUCUCUCUAUCUAUCUAUCUACUGAGCCACUGCCACCUCUCUCUCUCUCUUUCUCUAUCCAAAGAUUUGUUUGUUUUUAAGCCGUAAAUAAAUAUGAUUGAAAAUCCAAUGCUCCUCCAGAUCCCAAAUCCGCGGUUUUGAAUCGCAUUUCUAGGCGCAUUGGAUUUGGAGGAGAGAUAGAGAGAGAAGAUGGGAUCGAGCGGCAGCAAAGCCACGUCGUCGUCGUCCGGCGAUACUGGUCGGAGGCGGCGAUCCAAAUCCAUCGCCGGCAGAGUGUUCCGCUCGUCUUGUCUCGGAAUCAAAUCUCGAUCUCGCCACGCCGACGAUGACGAGCAGGUCUGUGAACAUCGGAACAAAGGAAGUAGAAUUAUUGCUCCUUGCACAAACCAGACCGUCACAGAGCAGGAUCGUGCAAAGGAGUAUUUCGGAAAGGUUAACAUUGAACAAUCUGAUGAAAUGCCUUGUAUAUCUUCAAACGCUGAACUCAAUGAAUGGGGUGAUGCUAGCAUCACUGAUACUGUCUCCAGAACUGGUCCCGGCUCUGCUCAAGAUUCUGCUGCUCCAUCUUUGAAUCCUUCAAGUCGUUUCCUUUCCCGUUUUAGUUUUGUUCCUGGCAAUGUAAGCUUCAGGCUAAGCCGAGCAACCAGUUUGGGGUCAGCCGGGUCUUAUCCUGUAUCAUCAACAAGUGUCACAGUAUUGAAUAAUGAUGAUGACCUACAUCUGCAAACGGGACCUUCUGCCAGUUUGGUUGGUAGAGAUGAAAGUCGAGAAGGUUGUGAAUUUCUUCCAGAAUCACUGGUUAAUAGGACUCCUACACAUUUUUUUGAAGACACUUCUGGUAGUUUAGGAUUAAAUAAUGUGGAAUCUGGUUUUUCUGACAAUUUGCAAGAUAAUCAGACAAAUUCUUCUAUACAAGAUGGCAGAAAUGCUAAUGGUAGAAUAAUAGGGGUACUUAACAGAUACCCAGGAUCUCAGGAACCUGUAGAACGAAAUGUUCGUUUUAGCAGAACCUUAAGUGUUGGGAGACUUCGUGACAGGGUUCUUCGUCGAUCAUCUUUGUCUGAUUUAGCAUUUUCUUCUUUGCAACAAGAGGGAGAAGUGAGAGAUACAAAUCAGGGGGAUGAUACAGGGACAUUGGCACCUGAAAGUAGUGUUGUAAAUUUGCAAAAUGGGUCUGGUUAUCCUGCAUCCAAUAUGUCGAAUUCAUUGUUUAGCAACCAAGACUAUGAGGCGGAAACAAUAAGACCUCGAGAAGCCAGGUAUCAUGAUCUACUCGAACACAGAUCAAAUUUCCUCGAGCGGAGGAGAAGAAUUAGAUCUCAGGUUCGUGCACUUCAGCGGUUAGGGAGCCGUUUUGAAAAUGUGUCUGGACAUGAGAGGUCUUGUAUAUUAUCUGGUCAGCAGAGAACCGGUCGGUGUACAUGUCGUUCAAGUAACCGAGAUGCCCAUCCAAAUGAUAACAGCAGUGCUAGGGCAAGCAUAUCCCGAAUUGUUAUGUUGGCUGAGGCUUUGUUUGAGGUUCUGGAUGAAAUUCACCAGCAAUCUGUGGUUUUAUCCUCCCGACCUUCUGUUUCUUCAAUUGGAUCUGUUCCUGCACCUAAUGAAGUUGUAGAAUCUUUGCCUGUCAAAUUAUUUUCCAAGUUGCAAAAACAUCAGCAUGAAGAGGCUGCGCAAUGCUACAUAUGCCUUGUGGAGUAUGAAGAAGGAGAUGAAAUGCGGAUACUGCCUUGUAAUCAUGAAUUUCAUAAAGCUUGUAUUGACAAGUGGCUCAAGGAGAUUCACAGGGUAUGCCCACUUUGUCGCCGGGAUAUCUGCAGAUCGACCUCUGAAGAGAACUAAGAGGGGUGAUUUUGCACUCUGCCUCCGAAGACCUGCGUUGAUGGAUUAUUGAGCAAUGAUAUGCUUUCUACCUGGGAAACAAAAACUGUUAGAAUUGUAUAAUUCCUUUUGAAGUUCCGUCCUUUUCUGCUUGUAUCAUCAUGGCUGCUUGCCAUUAAUUGCUUUCAUUGCAAAGUGUAACAUGGAACAUUAGUAGAAACGGACUGAACUGCAAGUAAUCUCCAUCGUGGGAAGGCAGAGACUGUGAGGGGGGAAAGAGAGAGACGGAGAGAGAGAGAAAGAGGGAGUGAAAGAGGCUAUGUCGUUGUAUCUAAAAUUCUGUGCAUUGAUCCUGAUUCUAAAGGGUUUUGGUUUUGUUCUUAAUGGAAGCACAUAUUAUGUCGGCCAAAAUUUGAUGUCUGUUAAGUAACUCCGUACUAUUUUUCUGUUCGUAA